GAACGGAGCCGAUUUCCGGAAGCAGGCAGGGGGAGCAGUCCAUUUCUUUUCCCUCGUCAUUACCAUGUGCGCGCCCCCAAAAAAGACACGGCCCGCCGUCGACCACGCGGGCAAGUCGUGGCGGCAGCAGCAGCAGCAGAUAGGAGGGAGCGCCGCCAUGGCCUCACGCUUCGGCUUCCGCAUCUCCUCCGGCGACCUGAGGUCGGGGAGCUCGCUGACGGUGGGGGAGCGGCUCUGCGCGGUGGUCCUGCCCUGCGUCGCCAUCGCCGAGUUCGUCUUCUUCGCCCUCACCGACUGCCUGGCCGGCAUCUGCCCCGCUUCCUCCAACUCCUCCUCGCGCCUCCGCGGAGAUCCAUCCGCUCCGUCCUUCUUCCUCGCGGCCAAGAAGGGGAACCACCACCACCACCACCUCCUCCGCCGUCGCGUCGGGCCGGGCUGCACCUCCCUGACCUUCCGCGACCUCGCCCGCCUCGCCGACGAGUCCAGAUGCUUCUCGGUGAACGAGGUGGAGGCGCUGUUCGAGCUCUACAAGAAGAUCAGCUGCUCCAUCAUCAACGACGGACUCAUCCACAAGGAAGAGCUUCAGCUAGCAUUAUUCAAGACUCCUAGUGGCCAGAAUCUUUUUCUUGAUAGGGUCUUUGAUUUGUUUGACGAGAAGAAAAAUGGAGUAAUAGAGUUUGAGGAGUUUAUUCAUGCUCUCAGUGUCUUCCAUCCAUUGGCGCCUGUGGAAGACAAGAUCAACUUUGCAUUUAGGCUCUAUGAUUUGAGACAAACUGGCUUUAUUGAGCGCGAGGAGGUUAUGCAAAUGGUUAUUGCCAUUUUGAAUGAAUCUCAUGUGCAAUUACCGGAUGACUUUCUUGAGGCCAUCCUAGACAAGACAUUUGAAGACGCUGAUACCGAUAGGGAUGGGAAAAUUUGCCUCGAAGAAUGGAAGGAAUUUGUAUUACGCCAUCCUAAGCUAUUGAAGAACAUGACUCUACCCUAUCUAAGGGACGUCACCACAGUGUUCCCAAGUUUUGUUUUCAAUACCGCGGUUGAAGACUAAAUAUGACAAUACUUGUACUUGAUGGUGACAAGUUGGCUGCUGAUUGUGUCAGCCGUUGAAAAUUGGGAUGCUGAGAAACAGGGCAACCAUGUUAAGGUACUGAAGCAUUGCCAUCGAUGGCUGUUGCUUCAGGAUGGCCAUCUGAUAAUCAACUCGGCAACUGAAGAGUCCCAUUCAUGAUGACAAAUUGGCAGCUAACGGCGUCCUGGUAUGCCUGUGACUUCCCCGCAUUGUGUUGUAACUGUAUAUACACCAUUCCUUAAGCUCUCAGAAGCACAGGACAGCGCUAGGUACAUACUGUAGUAGAUAUGAGGAAUCUAAGUUCCUGAAAUGCCAGCCAGUUUCGCGACCAGUCCCGUGCAAUUUUGUGAAUGCUAACUUGUGAUGUUGUAGAGUCCAUUGUCUAGGCUAUCUUAGUGCCAAACAUGACAUGGCCUAGCCAUGAUUGCUGUAUAUAUAAUCGAAAACCUUUCCGAGA